AUGGAAAAUAACGCCAACACAUCUGAAAUCCAGGAGAGACGUCAGCAGCAGCAGCAGCAGCGAGCAGGAAUCGACGGUCCGUUUCCCAAACUCUCGGCGGCAUCUUCAGGGACUGGAUUACAAACCGGAAUACGUCAAGACUAUCAGACAGAGGACGGGAAGCACUCCCUUCCUCAAGAACUCUGUUGCAAGCCAGGGCAUAGGACGCGACGUACAGAAUGCCCUAGGAAUGCCCGUUCUGCAUACCCAGACCACCAUGCCCCUUGGCACCUGGGUGAGGAGGAGGAGGAGGAGGAGGAGGAGGAGUGGGGAAAUAAAGAGGAGGAAGAGGAGGAUGACGAGGAGGAAGAGAAGGAAGCUAAAGAAGACGAGGAGGAGGAUAAGGAGGAUGAAGUGAGGAGGAUGAAGGGACAAGGAGGAGGAGGAGAGGAGAGGGAGGAUGAAGGGACAAGGAGGAGGAGGAAGAGGAGAGGGAGGAUGAAGGGACGAGGAGGAGUAUGUGGUACCUUCAGAGGUGAGAGGGAAAUUGAGAGUAACCAGGAGGAAAACUUCGCAGUUGCACUAUAA